GGGCUGCUCAGGCCCCUAGCCGGGCGCUCCCUCGCCACCGGCCCCGCUCCGGGCCUCUAGGGAACUGAGACGGUCUCUUCUUCGCCUGGACGGCGCCGGGGAGCGGAGGAUCUGCGCACCGGGUCUCCAGGAUGUGCCCGUCUGAGAUGGGGACGCUGUGGCACCACUGGUCGCCUGUGCUCAUCAGCCUGGCCGCCCUGUUCUCCAAAGUGACGGAAGGUCGAGGGAUCCUUGAGAGCAUCCAGAGGUUUUCCUUGCUGCCCACCUACCUCCCCGUGACCUACCACAUCAACAACGCGGACGUCUCCUUCUUCCUGAAGGAGGCCAACCAGGAUAUCAUGAGGAACUCCAGCCUGCAGUCCCGGGUGGAGUCAUUUCUGAUCUACAAAUCCAAGAGGCUGCCUGUGCUCAAUGCCAGCUACGGGCCUUUCUCCAUCGAGCAAGUGGUGCCCCAGGAUUUAAUGCUACCUUCCAACCCGUUUGGAUUCACCAACAAAUUUUCUCUUAACUGGAAACUGAAAGCCCACAUCCUGCGGGACAGAGUCUACCUGAGCCGGCCCAGAGUGCAGGUUCUGUUCCACAUCGUGGGCAGAGACUGGGACGACCGCAGCGCCGGGGAGAAGCUGCCGUGCCUGAGGCUCUUUGCUUUCCGAGAGACCAGAGAGGUGCGGGGCAGCUGCCGGCUGAAGGGGGACCUGGGGCUGUGUGUGGCCGAGCUGGAGCUCCUGUCCAGCUGGUUCAGCCCCCCCACGGUGGUUGCCGGCAGGAAGAAGGCCGUGGACCAGCCGGAGGGGACCCCCGUGGAGCUCUACUACACCGUGCACCCAGGGGCUGAGCGAGGGGACUGUGUCAGGGAGGAUGCGAGGAAAAGCAAUGGGAUCCGGACAGGCCACAGUGACAUGGAUGAGUCCGGGCCCCCCUUGCAGAGGAUCGGGAGCAUCUUCCUUUACCAGACGCACAGGAAGCCUUCCCUGAGAGAACUGCGCCUGGACAGCAGCGUGGCCAUCCACUACAUACCAAAGACCGUGAGGAAAGGAGACGUGCUGACUUUCCCCGUUUCCAUCUCCAGAAAUUCCACUGAAGAUCGCUUCACGCUGAGGGCAAAGGUGAAGAAAGGCGUGAACAUCAUCGGCGUGCGAGCCAGCAGCCCUUCCAUUUGGGAUGUCAGGGAGCGCACGGAUUAUACUGGAAAGUAUGCACCAGCUGUCAUCGUUUGUCAGAAGAAAUCGGCUGGCUCGGAAAACAGUGCGGAUGGUGCCUCCUACGAGGUCAUGCAGAUUGACGUGGAGGUGGAAGAGCCCAGUGACCUGCCAGCCACACAGCUGGUCACGUGGCAGGUCGAGUACCCCGGAGAGAUCACGUCUGACUUGGGAGUGUCGAAGAUCUAUGUGAGCCCAAAGGACUUGAUUGGAGUUGUGCCACUGGCUAUGGAGGCAGAAAUUCUGAACACAGCCAUCCUCACGGGGAAGACGGUGGCCGUCCCGGUGAAAGUGGUCUCCGUGGAGGAUGACGGCACAGUGACAGAGCUGCUGGAGUCUGUGGAGUGUAGAUCGUCUGAUGAAGACGUGAUUAAGGUUUCUGACAGAUGUGACUACGUCUUUGUCAAUGGGAAGGAAAUGAAAGGCAAGGUGAACGUGAUGGUGAACUUCACCUACCAGCACCUGAGCAGCCCCCUAGAGAUGACGGUGUGGGUGCCCCGACUUCCGCUGCAGAUAGAGGUCUCAGACACCGAGCUCAAUCAGAUCAAGGGCUGGCGAGUGCCCAUCGUCUCCAGCAGGAGGCCUGCUGGGGACAGUGAGGAAGAGGAAGACGAUGAGCGGAGGGGCCGCGGCUGCACCCUGCAGUACCAGCAUGCCAUGGUGCGGGUCCUGACGCAGUUUGUGGCUGAGGCGGCUGGCCCUGGGGGACACCUGGCCCACCUGCUGGGCUCAGACUGGCAAGUGGACAUCACAGAGCUGAUCAAUGACUUCAUGCAGGUGGAGGAACCCAGGAUCGCCAAGCUGCAAGGUGGACAGAUCCUGAUGGGACAGGAACUUGGGAUGACCACCAUUCAGAUCCUGUCUCCUCUGUCAGACACCAUCCUCGCUGAAAAGACCAUCACCGUGCUGGACGAGAAGGUGACCAUCACAGACCUCGGGGUGCAGCUGGUGACGGGGCUGUCGCUCUCCUUGCAGCUCAGCCCAGGAAGCAACAGAGCCAUCUUUGCCACUGCAGUGGCUCAGGAACUUCUGCAGAGGCCAAAACAGGAAGCAGCCAUCAGUUGCUGGGUCCAGUUCAGUGAUGGCUCAGUCACACCCUUGGAUAUUUAUGAUGGGAAAGACUUCUCCUUGAUGGCCACAUCUUUGGAUGAGAAGGUGGUCUCCAUCCACCAAGACCCCAAAUUCAAGUGGCCCAUCAUUGCUGCAGAAACUGAAGGACAAGGCGCUCUGGUCAAGGUGGAAAUGGUUAUUAGUGAAUCCUGCCAGAAAUCCAAGCGGAAGAGUGUGUUAGCUGUUGGAACAGCAAACAUCAAAGUUAAAUUUGGCCAAAAUGAUGCUAACCCCAACACCAGUGACAGCAGACACACAGGGGCAGGGGUUCACCUGGAAAACAAUGUCAGUGACAGAAGGCCCAAAAAACCAUUGCAGGAAUGGGGGAGUCAGGAAGGACAGUACUAUGGCAGUUCUUCCAUGGGACUCAUGGAGGGACGGGGCACCACGACAGACAGGUCCAUCCUGCAGAAGAAGAAAGGCCAGGAAAGCCUUUUCGAUAACGACAGCCACUUGCAGACUGUCCCCAGUGACCUCACCAGCUUCCCAGCCCAGGUGGACCUCCCCAGAAGCAAUGCGGAAAUGGAUGGGAAUGACCUUAUGCAGGCAUCCAAAGGGCUGAGCGACUUAGAAAUUGGGAUGUAUGCUUUGUUGGGUGUCUUCUGUUUGGCCAUUUUGGUCUUCUUGAUAAAUUGUGUGACCUUUGCUUUAAAAUACAGACACAAACAGGUUCCCUUCGAGGAGCAGGAAGGGAUGAGUCACUCUCAUGACUGGGUUGGGUUAAGCAACCGGACAGAGCUGUUGGAGAAUCACAUCAACUUUGCCUCCUCGCAAGAUGAGCAAAUCACUGCCAUUGACAGGGGCAUGGAUUUCGAGGAAAGUAAAUAUCUCCUCAGCACAAACUCCCAAAAAAGCAUCAAUGGGCAGCUGUUCAAACCUUUAGGACCCAUCAUCAUCGAUGGGAAAGACCAGAAAAGUGAUCCCCCAACAUCCCCUACCUCAAAAAGGAAAAGGGUGAAAUUUACCACCUUCACCGCCGUCUCCUCCGACGACGAGUACCCCACCAGGAACUCCAUCGUGAUGAGUAGCGAGGAUGACAUUAAGUGGGUCUGCCAGGAUCUGGACCCUGGGGACUGCAAAGAGCUGCACAACUACAUGGAGAGAUUACAUGAAAAUGUGUAAGCCAGACACACGCAGACAUUGGUUCUCACUCACCUUUCAGCCUUUAAUUCCAGGAUGUGUAGCAACGGUGCCCCCGGAAGAGAAACAAAGCAACAGGACAAAAUAAGGAUGACACUGUCCAUGGAGCCUCAGCCAAUGACCCCGGUUCAGCAGCGAGGCCUGGAGUCCGCAUCGACACACACAUUCCAGAGUACAGUGUCUUGCUUAAGAGGUUUAUCAUGCAUGGCAAGAUUUUUCAGACUUGAAACAAAAACGAGUUUGGAAUCACUGAGCAUCUGAGUUUCCAGGAAAGAAUAGCCUCUCUCUCUCUCUCUCUCGAAUCAAAGCAAUUUGGAUAUUGUAAAAUCCACAUGGCUCCAAUAUUCGAUAUUGCAGACUACGGGAGAAAAGCGCAACUCAGGUGGAGCAUCCAUGGAUCAAUGGGAGGAAGCUGUCCUCGAAACCGGAGCAGCACAUCUCGCUGUGAGCGAGAUCACGGGCGGUCCAGUGCCGCCGUCUGCUGGGGGAGGCAUGACUGGGAGUCAUUGUCUCUCAAAGGCUGGGCCAGAGCUGGCUCAGAUCAUGGGCAGGCCAAGGCAGUGGCUGACAAGGACUGAAAGGGAACAUGUGGGCUAACAGGCCACAAAUACCUUUGUAACUACAUGCCAAGGACAAAUACACGGACACAAAUCCUCUGAGCCCUUCAGGGCACUUCUUUAUUUGUAAACUAAGGAUACUGGGCAUAGAAUUUGAAUCAGGUUCAAAGAACCAGGCUCUUUUGAUUCCUAUCAA